UAAAUUGGUUCUUCACAUCAUUAUUUUUUGGCUGUUAGUUACACAGCCUGUCUGUAAUAGCUUUUGUAGUAAAGGCUUAAGGUUCAGAAUAAAUUUGCAGUGUUGUGGUGUCCCAUUCAGGGUGUGUCCUCGCCUCAUGCCCAGUGUUCUUGGGAUAAGCUCCAGAUACACUGUGACCCUGACCAAGAAAAAGCAGUUAGAUGAAUGAAUUUUGAAGGAGAGUUCUUAGUAAAUUAGCAACAACCAAUCUCCAUGACUGGCAUUAUAAACUAUUCUAAAGUGUUUUGCUUGUGCUAACAUAUUUGAUUUUACCAUCAACUGCUAAUUAACAAGUCAUUCAUGAGCUGAAUGCAGAAUGUUCACACACUGCCCAUUAGACCUUCUCUAUUCAUGAAAAGAGUCCAGCAUCAUAACUUUUCCCACAUUUUUUUCCUGAGGCCUCAGUAUUUCACUCGUCACUCAUAAAGCAGUAGGUCAAGGGCUUAACAUUCCAGUAUAGGCUGACAGGUGUAGCUUGAAUCCCAUGUAUCUGGAUUAAGGGUACCUCUGAGAUUUAUGGUAAAAAUGAUAGAACCUUCUUCAGGCAAGUGUAACUUAAAAAACUCUGAGCUCAGCAUGCUUUAGGGUGUGGUUAAUGGAAUAAAGAGAGAAGGGAACAUUAGUGUUUCUUAAAAGCACUGUUAGAUUAUGGUUUGGCUGAGUUUCCUGCGAAGCUACUGUGAGUAUUUAUGAAGUACUACAUCUACGUGACACACUGUGCAUUAGCAAUAAGUGUGAAGUAAUGGGCCAAAGCAAUAAGGCAGUGUCAAAACAAAAUGUCAUUUUGUAGAUAAAAUGGAUUAUAUCUGGCAGUUCCAAUACACAGAUUCCUUAUCUCAGUCGUUUUUUUUCUUGGGUGCAAGAGUUUGAUAAGCUUAUAGGUCUUGUCACAUGAUUUAUUCAUUCACAGGAGCUUGUGUUUGGCGUUCAUCAGCCACGCAAAAUUGUAUGAGCAAGCUGAUGACUCAGAGGUGGCCUUUUGUCCGAGGCCAAUUAGCUUAGGGCACUUCACACUUGGAACAAUGCAAGUUAAAAAGCUGCUCAACGCCCGGUGUUGGACCCAGAACUGCCACCGUUAAACACUUUCUCCUCCGCAGUGUCUGCUUUAGCUGCCCUCCUAUAGCUCUGCUGAGCAUUAGUCAUUGCUGAAUAACAAAAGCAAAGGUGCAUUAAGUCAGUUAAGUGGACUCUGUUUGAGGCAUGGGGGGUGGAGGGGGAUUUAAAGAGCUCCCCAUGACCUUCCCGUGAUCCAAACUUCAAUAUAUCAACAGCUUAAUGGUAUACAAUGGUGUGGAGGAUUUACGCCACCUCUGGCUUUGUCUUGAGAGGAACGUUUCCCUGGCCUGACAUUUAUUAUCAUGUUUAGUUCUUUUACUUUGUCCUAAUGAGACACAGAGCCCUGGCUUCUCCCUUAUCUUGAGGGCCAGAGGAGUCUAUUGUAUAGACUUAUCAAUAAUGCAGGACCGUCUGGGUUUCAAGGGUUGUUUUUCUUGCUUCGCCCUGUUCCAAAUCGGGACUGGCAUGACUCGCGUGGCCCAUUAAUGCCUAAGCAAAGCAAACAUUCAUUUUAGACUAUUCAUAGGUGAUUUAAUUGAUUGCAUUACCUGAUCAUUACAGUAUCACUAGUAUGGAAUUGAAACUAUGGGGAAGUUAGUGUAUCGCUAAUCUAAUCAUGGUAAUGGGUCAUUGUCAUAGAGUGUCUGAAUAAAAAUCCAAGCCAAAGGGCGGAACAAGGCAGAUGUUUCUGAGAAAGCAGAGAAGACACCAUCGUUCACAUCGUUCUACAACUUCAUUUGGUCAGAUAAAAAUUACCAAGAAGGGUUCCAGCUUACUUUAAAAGGAAAAGAGGCAACACAUCCAUUCAAGUGUCCCAGUGCCAGUCACAGCAAGCCUGACUCUGGAGGACAAAAGUUUCAAUCCAAAGAAGCCAGGACAGCUAUCAAAAAGCAAACAGCCAAGGGCAUUGUGUUUCUUCCUUUUGAUGACCUUCUCAAAAAUAAACUCUCUGAAGGUUGGAGGACUCUGAAAGAGAGGACUGGUGGAGGGGAGAAGAAAGAAAAGGCAUAUUUGGAGUUAAAGGCAUAUUGAGACUUCUAUUUCUGCUUCUCUGUGGUAAGGGGAACGUGUCAUUUAGGAUUGCAGUUGGAGAGAGGAAAAAGGAUUUACUCUAGCCCUUCCCAUCGAGUGGCUAUAUAAACACUGCAUAUAGAUCAAUUUGUUCUUGUACUAAAAGUGUCCAAUCUAGAGACUAACUAUAGCAAAAGCAGCUGAAACCUGUAUCGCAUGGAUAUCCUUGAUAUUUACAUUUAGAAGUUCUGGUGGCCAGUUGGAACCUGGACAGAAAUUCUUGUUCAGGACUAUCCUGCUCCUGCAUCCCUAGCCUGUGAUCAAAACGUGACCAUCUCAUAGGGACACUGGCACUGGAGGCUUCUGUUUGGAUGCUUUUUUCCCAGUGGGGAGAUAAACGAUGAAGCCCUUAACACCAGUUGGCUCGCCCUCGCCCCUGCGCCUUCUUAACAAGGGCCCGGAUUACCUGCGCAGACAGAUAGACAGUGGAAAUCGAGGCCACUCUGUUAGUGCUGUGGAGCGGUUAGAGGCAGACAAGGCCAAAUAUGUCAAAAGCCAGCAGGUCAUCAACACCAAGCAAGAACCUGUGUUAGUUCCUUGUGCGACCCCUCCACCCCCAUCACGCCGCAACUUCACUGCACCAACGCCCUCGACACCUGUUCUACCUCGACGCCCACCACUCAGUCCAUGCCCUCUCUCACCCUGCGACAACAAUGAGGACGAUUCCAGGAAGGAGAACCUCAGAGCCCUGUAUCUUGAUGUAGAGAAGCAAAACCAAAACAACUCCAGUAGGGCACCUCUGCCUACACCAAGGAGCCCAAAAGGCACCCCAUUGGUGGCGCCGCACAGUGCCCCCAUGAUGAGACGGAGCAUUGGGAAGCGCAUGCUGCGGCCUGACUCCUUGGUCAUCUAUAGGCAGAAAAAAGAGUGUAAGAGUCCAAUGGGAAAUGGCGACGGAAGCACGAGUGCCGAGACGAAGGGAUACAGCUUUGUACGCCGGCUCUUCCAAGGUUCUAUGCGAGAGAAGAAUAGCAGGAAUGAUGAUAAGUUGACAAUCAGUGAGGAGAAGUCUUCAUCACGGGAUGGAGACUCACGCAUGUCAUGGUCAAUUGACCGGGACACAGUAGAUGGUGUGAAUGGGACAAGGCGAUCCAGCAGGACUGAGUCAAACAAUGGCAACAGCAGCUUCCACGAUCCUUGUAUUUCCUUUGGAAUGAAAAAUUCCCUGAGAAAUAGCAUGGAAAAUGGGAAUGAGAAUGAUAUGGACCCUUGGAAGCCUGUGAUGCCACUCCAGCGCUCUAAAUCAGACCUUCGACUUUGCUCAUCACUGGCAUUGUCUGAACAGGAGCGGUUCUUUGACUUCUGUGGUCUUGAUUGGGACUUGGUGGAUCGGCUUGGGCCUGAGAACUUCCCAUCGGGUGCCAGCUCUGUUGACACUCUCUCACUGGUUCUGAGGAGUGUUGGGGGACUGGAAGGUGGCUCUGAGCCCAGCGAGUUUUCUCGCCACUCAGGAGAGGGCCUCUUCCAGGAGGAAGUGGCCGAGCAAGUACCCUCGGCCGUGUCCAUCAUCGAGAGGAAUGCCCGUGUGAUAAAGUGGCUUUAUGGCUGUAAGAAUGCAGCGCGGGAAGGACCCAAAGGUCCCAAAGAGUCAACUGUGUAGCCGCAAAUCAAGACAAACCUCAAGACACAUUGGCUGUUACACAUUUGAAGAUACUAUAUUUAUUUCAUUUGGAAUAUUUGUGUGUGAGAGAACUUUACAGGAUGAUAAAUGGCACAUCUUUUUCUUACAUUUGUUUGGGAAGGGAGCUGGAACAGUAAGACUGUUUUUCAUUUUCCUGUCUGUAAUUUGGUGAUCUCAGUUUUCCCGUCCUUGCAGUGGUCCCAUUCUCUCUGUAAAUAAGUAAUACUAGUAGGUUCUGUUCAUUUUGCUGUUGGAGAACAACAGCGUUGUGUGCUGAAGUACAUCUCAAUAGAUGAAUAAUUAAAAACUGAAAACCACUAAGCUCUCCCUGUACUGGGGAUCUAAUGUGUGAGUGUGAAGUGAACCGUGCAUACCUCUAGUUUGUGUUGUUUUUCCCCCAUUAAACGCAGGCGUUGGACAGACAGACAACAGACCUUUGUUAAUGCACUAAUGCACUGAAUGGGGGGUGGGGAUGGGGGUGGGGGGGUUUGAUGUAGUGAGGGUGACACUUAUUUUAGCUUGUCCAAACAACCUUGGUCUUGGACAAUACCUUAGGCCAAAGAAAUAUCUCAGUUAACUAGUUUAAUUCACAAAAGUCAAAAUUUGACACACACUUAUGAGUCCAUUUUAAUCCUGAUUGUUUUGAAAUUGCCAUGACAAUCACAUUUGUUAAUUACUAAAUGCAAAUGAAGCUGUUAUUUCCAAACACAAGUAGUAUACAGACACUUAUUUUAGCUAAAUUUACAAAUUAGCAUCAGUAACAGGACUGACCUUAUGACCACACUCCCAAGACUGAACCAGAUUUCUCAUGGCCAAUGAGGCAGAUUCAUCACAAUGAAGCUGUUCGUCCUGUCAGCCAGAGGGCUGGAGUCUUUUUUAGAAAUGUUGGUGAAAAAUGAAUCUGAGGUCUGCUGUGGAAUUUCAGGGUCACGGAGUGAAUUUAGAGAGAGGUGGCUAGGCGGAGAUACACUAAUUCAGACAUUUCACCUGCAGCAUGACACCCGAAUAAAUCUAAGUGCUCAAGCUGUUUUAAGAUCUCUCUCUUGCAUGUUUACAGACCAAGUUGUUUUUUUUCUGUCCAGAAGAGAUUUAGACUAUAUUUACAAAGGUUUAUAAUUCAUGCAGGCAAUGAAAAUAAAGUUGUAUUUUUAAUGAA